AUGACCAAAAUAGUCAAUCCAGUCGAGGGUCUGGGGAACCAGGCACUCUUGGACAAGAUCGAUAGACUCAGAGAGCUCAAUGUCGGUUCCAUCAUCCCUCUUCCCCAGCUUAUCGUCGUCGGAGACCAGUCCUCUGGGAAAAUCAUCGAUGUGCCUGGCAUCUUUCGCACACCGACUCCUGGCCUGACCUCUGACAGUGACAUCACGUUGGUGACUUCGAUGGUGAAACGCUACAUGAAAGAUUCGAGAACAAUCAUCCUGGCAGUGAUCCCUUGCAACAUAGACAUUGCCACACAGGAGAUCCUCAAGCUUGCUAAGGACGCCGACCCCAACGGGACCCGGACAGUGUCUGUGUUGACGAAGCCGGAUCUCACGCUAGAGCGAGCUAUGCAGCAGAACAUAUUGGACCUCAUCCAAGGAAAGCGUCAAGACCUGAAACUGGGGUACUGUGUUGUCAAGAAUCGCGGAGCUGAUGACGGAGAUUCAUCUCUGGCGAAACGAGACGAGGAGGAGAGAGCAUUUUUCCGACAGGAACCUUGGACAUCUGUGGCAUCGUCGGCGCGGUUGGGAAUCGAUGCGCUCAGGGUCUUUCUACAGAAGAUCCUGAUGGACAUCACGAAAAAGGAAUUUCCCAUACUCAGGAAAGAAAUCGCCAAGAGGCUUUCCGAGUGCGGCAAGAAAUCGGAUGCGAUGGGGGUUUCACGAAGCGACGAGAAAUCCCAACGAGCAUAUCUAGGAAGGAUUGCAGCCAAUUUCGAGCGUGUAGUUGGCUAUGCGCUCAACGCUUACUACACUGAAGACCCGAUAUUUCAUGACCGUCUGGAAAUGAGGCUUAUCACAAGGAUCAUCAAGCUGAAUGAGGUCUUUUCAGAGGUCUUCUCGCAGAAUGGUCACACACGGCAUUUCGAAAAUUCAAGCAAGAACGAAGAACAUGAGAAGCAGUCGAAGGGUCAGGUUCCAGAACUCGGGUUCGAUAUACCGGAUGCUGCAGUUGACGACCUCUACGGCAUCAUUGCCCCGGAGCGCUUCCUGUGCCCAGAGCCAGCAGACGACCCUAUCAUCGACCACAUUGACGAAAUCUUCCAGAAGAGCCGCGGGCCUGAGCUGGGCACGGUUGGCGGCGCGCUUCUUGGUACCAUUUUCAAAGAGCAAUCCAGGCGCUGGGAGGAUCUCGUCACCUCUCACGUCAGUGAUGCCAUCGCUCUGGUGCAUCAUUUCAUUAUCGAGCUGCUGGCCCACACCUGUGCCGAAGAGCAAGUGAUGACACAAUUGUGGGACAAUGUUCUACUGGAGAAGCUACAGGAGUCGUACAAACGCAGUAUGCAUCAUGCGCACUUCCUCCUAGAGGUCGAACGAGAGGGGAAACCCUACACUUACGACCGCUACUUCAGCACAGAACUCCAGAAAGGCCAGGCCAGGCGCCUCCAGGAGUCUCUCAGAAGCCUGGCCAUAGGUACCAGCAGUGGGGAACAUGUGGUCAGAUUGGCUUCACUCAGUAGCCUGGACAUCAACAGGUCCAACCCCGAGCAGGUGCGCGAAUACCUGCACGAUAUUUUGGAGAGCUACUACAAGGUCUCUGUCAAGCGGUUUGUGGACACCAUCUGCCAGCAGGUAAUCGACCACUUCCUUCUCAAUGGCAAAGACAGCCCACUCCAUGUCUUCGGCACAGACCUGGUCUUCGAUCUCAGCGCCGAUACCCUGGAGAUGGUUGCAGGGGAGGACCAUGCCACGAAGCAGGAGAGAGAAAGCUUGAGGAUCGAGAUGGAGAGGCUGGAGGCUGCAAUGCAGGUUGUGCGUGGUUGA